GAGCAAGGAAAAAGCACCGGAAGAGCCGCCCAUGAGUAGUCAUCGAGACGGAGCCGGAGCCGAUCGAAUCACAAUCAAAAUCCACAACAUGAAGCGCAGCGCCUCGCGCUCCCCGGGUCCGGCCUCCAGGAGCAGUUUGUCGCGCAAUUCGCGGAGCAUGGGUCGUGGCUACGACAACGGCAGCGGUGUGCCGGGCGACUCCCCGGAGCGCCUGUCGCCGGAGCGGAUGCGUCGCCGCCUGGACCGAUCCCCGAGUCCACGUGGCCGCUACGGCUCGCCGCAUCGGGAGCCCUACAUGCGUGGUCCGCCGCCCGCCGAGCGCCCGGCUGCCUACAAGGUCCUGUGCGUCAGCGCCCUGCCGCCCAAGGCUCCGGACGAUUUCAUCGAGGAGACCCUUUACCGCGAGUACAAGAAGUUCGGCGACUUCAGCGUGCGACUGGCUCACGAUCUGGAUGAAAGGGUGGCCUACGUUUGCUUCCGGACGCCAGAGGAUGCGCGCGAGGCCAAGCACCACAAGCCGCGCCUCAUCAUCUACGACAAGAUGGCCAUUGUGGAGCCGGUGUACAAGUCCACCACCAGGCCGGAGUAUAGACCCCGUGGUCACUCCAUGUCGCCGCCGGACUACGAGCGCUACCACUACUCACGCUCACCCAUGGGCCAGGGUGUUCCUCUGGACCACCGCCGGCCUCCGCUUGAUCCCUACGACCGCUACGGUCCUCCCCACAUGCAUCCCCAUGCUGUGCAUCCGCGGGACUACCGGCCCAUGCACCACGAAUAUCCCCAUCCGCCACGCGGACCACCUCUGCAUCGCGGCGGCCAUCCACAUCACAUCCAUGGCCAUGCACCUCCGCAUCAGUACGCUCCAAUGAGGCCACUGGCACCACGUCCACAUGCGCCGUACGAAAAGCCCGAGAGCAAAAAGGACAAGUUUCCCAACUACUUGCAUCACGUGCAGCCCGAGGAUGAUCCCCUGUCCACGCGCACCCUGUUCGCUGGCAAUCUGGAGGUGACCAUCGCCGAUGACGAGCUGCGUCGCAUCUUCGGCAAGUACGGAGUAGUGGAUGACAUUGACAUCAAACGACCACCGCCGGGCACGGGCAAUGCUUUCGCGUUUGUGCGCUACCAGAAUCUGGACAUGGCUCACCGGGCGAAGAUCGAGCUAUCCGGCCAGUACAUUGGCAAGUUCCAGUGCAAGAUCGGUUACGGCAAGGUGACCCCGGCCACUCGUAUGUGGAUCGGAGGCCUGGGCGCUUGGACCUCGGUCACUCAGCUGGAGCGGGAGUUCGAUCGCUUCGGCGCAAUCAAGAAGAUCGAGUACCAAAAGGGCGAGCCGUACGCUUACAUUCAGUACGAAACGGUGGAGGCGGCCACGGCGGCGGUAAAGGAGAUGCGCGGCUUUCCACUCGGCGGACCAGAACGUCGUCUGCGCACAGACUUUGCGGAGUUACCGGGCGCCACACCGGCCGCACCGUUCAAGGGCUCCAAGCCGCCGUAUGACGAAAGUGCAUUGGAGUACCGUCGUCCGGAAUACGAUCCCUACUACGAGGAGUCCUCGUCGUACGCACCGCGAGGUGGCUACUCCCCGUAUCCACCCAGGGGUGGCUACCGCGGACGUGGCGGCUAUCGCGGCAGGGGACGCGGCAUGUACCACUAUCACAACGAUGUUCACAGGCCGCCGCAUCCGGGAUCCUUGGGUUCUUCCUCUUCGUCGGUGCCGCCUCCUGGGGGAGUGGAUGACGAGUGGCGCCGCCCGCCGGGUGAAUCCUACGACAGGGGCGCUCGCUCCAGCUCGCGGGAACCCGGUGUGGAGCGCUCUCGCUCCAGAUCGCCUUUGAAACGGACUCGCUCGCCCGGUUCCGAUUCCGACACUUCGACGCGUCGCAACGACGCCCUGGGAUCGGCCAGCACGGUGCCGGAGGUGGCUCGCAAGUGCAGUACCGUGUGGACCGGAGCCCUGAUCCUCAAGAGCUCCCUUUUCCCAGCCAAGUUCCAUCUGACGGACGGCGAUACGGAUAUUGUAGAGUCGUUGAUGCGCGACGAAGAGGGCAAGCACAACCUACGCAUCACGCAGCGACUGCGCUUGGAUCCGCCCAAGCUGGACGAUGUCCAGAAGCGAAUCGCAUCCUCGUCGUCGCAUGCCAUCUUCAUGGGCUUGGCCGGAUCCACGAACGAAACCAAUUGCGACGAUGCCAGCGUGCAGACGCGUCCGCUGAGGAACCUGGUCUCCUACCUGAAGCAGAAGGAGGCGGCCGGCGUCAUCUCGCUGCUGAACAAGGAGACGGAGGCCACCGGAGUCCUGUACGCCUUUCCGCCCUGCGACUUCUCCACGGAGCUGCUAAAGCGCACGUGCCACAGUCUCACGGAGGAGGGUCUGAAGGAGGACCACCUGGUCAUUGUGGUGGUGCGCGGCGGAACGGCCUAAGAUGGAGUAGAAUCGGUGGACAAACUGGAGGUAAUGACUAGCCACAGUGCUCAACGAAAAAAAAGACUCCGGCACACCAAUUAACUAUAACCUAGCAGCCGUAGUCGUAUCUUAGAUGCCCCUCCCCAAAAAGGAGGCGGACUAAUGGGGGUCACAUACAUGCAAGGGUCGUGUAUGUGCAUCCUCCCAAGCACCGCACACACGCACACACAUGAUGCACACACAUACAGAGACAUGAGCAGAACCGAGGAGACAUCACCCACAUCACCCCAACACCCCCUAUUAAUUAACCAUUAAUUAACCUUCUUUUGCAGACAGGAUCUCUCUUUAUGGUUUCAUUUCAAGUUCUCGAUGUGUUAGUGACAGUGAAGUUCAAACAUCUUUUUAUUAUUGUGCUAAAAAGUUUGAAAAAGUCCAACAAGAUUGUAUUUAAAAUCAA